AUGUCGGCCCCUCGGGAGCGUGACGGCCAGAGGAAGGAGUCGUGCACGGACGACGACGACAGCAGCAGCAGCAGCUCGACGGCGAUGUCGAUGUCGACGACGACGACAGCCGCCUCGAAGGCGACGUGGCAAACGUCGCCGGACGUGCCUUCAGCCGCCAUGCUCUGGCACGACGACGAGCCCGGCGGCCAAGUCGCCAGCAGUGCCCUGCACUGGGAACCCGUCCACGACUUGGCCGACUUCAGCUUCGCCGUCGAGGCCGGCGGAAGCCACAGUUCCUGGCAAUUCGUGUGUCGGGCCCGGCAGGACGGGGAGUGGGUACCCGGCAGGGGCACGUCCAGGAGGAUCUGCCUGGUGCCCAGCAGGGGCAAGGAAACCGUGCAUACCUCGUUCCAGGCAAGUGGAUAUCAUCUCAUUAGAUCAGAAAUGAAACUAUGCCCCGAGUCAGUCGAGAAAGUCCAGGGAACCGGACGACGGCUGCACUUGACAAGCCGGCUCAUCCUCGCACUGCCGGUCUCCUUCCUCAGCACGUGCCUGCUGCUGCUGUCGUCGUCGUCGUCGACGGCGAUGUCGAUGUCGACGACGACGACAGCCGCCUCGAAGGCGACGUGGCAAACGUCGCCGGAUGUGCCUUCAGCCGCCAUGCUCUGGCACGACGACGAGCCCGGCGGCCAAGUCGCCAGCAGUGCCCUGCACUGGGAACCCGUCCACGACUUGGCCGACUUCAGCUUCGCCGUUGAGGCCGGCGGAAGCCACAGUUCCUGGCAAUUCGUGUGUCGGGCCCGGCAGGACGGGGAGUGGGUACCCGGCAGGGGCACGUCCAGAAGGAUCUGCCUGGUGCCCAGCAGGGGCAAGGAAACCGUGCAUACCUCGUUCCAGGCAAGUGGAUAUCAUCUCAUUGUGCUUGUGAGUCCAGAGCUGUCGGCGAAUACCCGUUGGGUAUCGUUCAAAACCCCGUCGAAAAUCCCAGAGGGCGCCCUUGUGUCCGAGGGCUUUAAUAUAGUGCGCCAAGGAGAUCCCGACUCGGAACUUGGAGUGUCCAUCGGUCGCUACAACGCCUCGAAAGGUGCAGACAUUGUUCUUCGCUCUCCACGGGCUUCCAACAAAAACAAUCAGGAUCCGACCUCGUUCUCCGACGACGACACAACCGAGGUGUUGGUGGAACUCGAACCCGUCAAGUACCAGCUGACGAACCUGGCGUUCCAGACGCCGCCGAGUCCGGCGGGGUUCCCGCCGAUCCACGAGGAAUCAGUGGUUUUGGCACACGACGUGCUGGAGAACCCGACCCGGGAAUCCCUGUCACUCAAUGUCGACAUCCCGUACGAGUACGAAGAGUCACUGCGGAUCAGCGGGGUUGUCGGCACGAAACCCGGCGUGUCGACGGUCUUCGACAUCCGCAGCCCGUUGGAAUUGAUGGGUGGCCAGCGAGUGUAUCUCAGAGACUUCGGCUUCUUCGGUCGGGGAUGGGGCGAAACGGUCACGCGUCAAUUCAGCAACAUGGCAGCCGCUUUCGUGGACGACGUUCUUCCGGGCACCAGCGUGGCAGUGAGUGUUCUGGGUCGGCUCGGAGUGUUCCAGUUACCGUUCACGGGUUCCCUGAGGGCCACUUACGGGGACGGCUCGACCAUCACCCGCCUGGCCUCAAGUGCGACGAUAUCAUCGCGGAUCGUCGAAGAUGACACUCAUCUUCACGAUGAGGAUCAGCAACAAGAGGAUGCUGAUCAAGAACCCAGAGACAAAUUCGUGGUUCAAAGACGGGCUGCGUCAUCAGCAUCACCUUCAUCAAUAAUCAGCAAUUCCGUGGAUUCAGUUGCUGAUUACGUCAAAUUGUCCGUGUGGACAACAGCGUUUUUCGGGGUUGUGGGUUUCGUUGUUCGCGGAAGAUGA